AUGUUCUUCGACAACGUGCACGUCUACUAUCUGGCCGUCAUAGCCUAUCUCGGCAUCUUUUUGUUCGGCUGGGAGACCGGGGUAGCGGGGGGAGUCGUCGCUCAGAAAGGCUUCCUAGAUGCCUUCCACGUCAAAGACAAGAAGCAGGUCUCCUCCGUCGUCGUCGCCAUUCUGCAGGCCGGCGCGUUUUUCGGCUCUCUCCCCGCACCCAUCCUUUCGAACAAAUUUGGUCGCCGAAAGACCCUCUUCGGUUUCAACCUCUUCAUCGUCCUUGGAACGGUCCUGCAGACGAUCCCAGGCGUCGGUGGCAAGAUCGCUCUUAUUUAUCUUGGGCGCACUGUGGCCGGAUUUGGCAUUGGAGGUAUCACUUCGAUUGCCUCAGGGUUUGUUUCGGAGUGCUGCCCGAAGGAUGUCCGAGGUCGCAUCACAGGCAUGUUCCAGGUCAUUCUUGCGGCCGGAGUCAUGGUCUCAUACUUCGUCAACUACGGCGUGGCACAGCGCUACAAGUCGGGCGCGCAAAUCUGGCGGAUCCCAUUCGGCCUUCAGCUCGUCCCUUCAGGUCUCAUGGGCGUGGGCCUCCUGUUUGCCACCGAGUCUCCCAGAUGGCUCGCCAAAGUCGGACGUACAGAGGAGGCUCUGCGCAAUCUCGCUUUCCUCCGUCGACGUAGCAUCGAUGAUGAUAUGAUCAUUCUUGAGAUGGCCGAGAUCAACGCUGCCAUCCGCGAAGAGAGUGCAGAGACCGUCUCCUUGCGCUACUGUCUUUUCACCAAGGGCAUCAACAUCCGCUUCUUCAUCACCUUCUCCCUCUUUGUCCUGCAGCAGUGGUCUGGUCAGAAUACGGUAGGCUACUAUGGCCCGCAGAUCUUCAAGUCGAUUGGAUACAACGGCACCUCAGCAGCACUCCUCGCCUCAGGCAUCUACGGUGUUGUCAAGUUCGCUGCGACGUUCAUCUGGGUCAUGUUUGGUGUCGAGACCGUCGGCCGACGCUGGUCGCUCUUUGCCUCGGCUCUGGGCAUGGGAAUUCUCUUUUUCAUCAUCGGCGCCCUUCUCAAGACCUAUCCGCCUAGCGCUUCAUCGUCCUCUCCUCAGCCUGCAUCGCGCGCUAUGGCCGGGCUCGUCUACUUGAUCGCCGUCGUGUACAGUUUGGGUGUAGGCCCACUUUGUUGGGUGUACGUUUCGGAGAUCUUCACGAACUCGACACGCCACUGGGGCCUCGCCUUGGCCUCAGCAACGCAAUGGCUCUUCAACUUUGCCCAAGCACAAGCAAGCCCUUACAUGAUUGACUCACUUGACUACAAGGUGUUCUUCCUGUUUGGAGCUAUCAACGUGCUCGGCUUCUCGACCUUUGUCUUCUUCCUGCCGGAGACCAAGGGUCGCAGUCUCGAGGAGAUGGACGUGAUCUUCGGCAGCGUCUCCAAGGGCGAGCGAGAGGCACACAUGCGGGAUCAGCAAGACGGACUCGAGCCUGGCGUCGCCAGAUACGAGAGCGACGAAGAGAAACGCACGGGCAGCGUUGAUGAGAAGAAGGAUCUCGGCGUCCGCUAUGGGACGUCGACGCCCUGA